UGUUCUCACCACUGCACACACAAAAAAAAGUGUUUCCCACGCUGCUGCAAGACAUCCCUCCCGCCCAUUUCCAUCGCCGCCUCGACGGGCGAACUCAAGGUGGCUGCACUGCCCAUCCUCCACACACUUGAAAGUCAUUGCAAGAAUGGGCCUCCGCCUCGGUGAUGAAGCGCCGAAUUUCAAGGCGGAGACAACACAAGGCGAGGUCGAAUUCCAUACUUGGAAAGAAGGAGCGUGGGCCAUCCUAUUUUCCCAUCCGGAGGAUUUCACCCCAGUGUGCACAACCGAACUCGGUGCUGUAGCAAGACUACGAACAGAAUGGCAAACGCGGAAUGUAAAAGUGAUUGGAUUGUCUUGCAACGAUCUUAGUAGUCAUGGACAAUGGAUCAGUGAUAUCAACACAACACAGGUUCUCUUUUCAUCCAAUUUACAGGGCUGUCAAGUCGACUUCCCAAUUAUAGCCGAUGCCGAUCGGAAAGUUGCCACACUCUACGACAUGUUGGACUAUCAAGAUCCGUCCAAUGUCGACAAAAGCGGGCUACCUCUAACAGUUCGCUCCGUCUUCAUCAUCGAUCCUGCCAACAAAAUCCGCCUUAUUAUGACUUAUCCUGCUGUCACUGGAAGAAACUUUAACGAGAUUUUGCGAACGAUUGAUUCUUUGCAAUUGGGAGAUAGGAGAAAGGUCGCGACACCGGCAGACUGGACAGGGAAGGGAGACGAAGUGAUUAUACAUAAUGGAGUCAGCAAUGAGGAGGCUGCACGGUUGUUCCCGGGGUUUAAGACGGUAUUGCCGUAUUUACGUACGACGAAAUUGGAUGAUAGAUAGUUUUGAUGGCCAACGUGCCUUUCCUGUUGCUCGGAGGGAUGAGAUGGAUGUGAGGGCGGAGAACCUACCCCUUCAUUGUUUUUGCGUAUCUUUAACGUAGCUAAGGCAUUGUCAUCUGGUUACGGUGCGUAUGUGCUUUUUGUAAUUGACUGUCAGCUCGAUGCACUUAACGCUGAUGCGACAUACAAAUGUUGAAAACCACCAUAUGAGGGUAUGAAUAUGUCUUAAAAAGUCAUGUAAUCUGUCACGUAGCCCUUUAACUCAAAGCUUAACGUCCUCCGUCG